AUGCCGCCUUCUAAAGCGGAAAAAAGGGGACUCACGCUGGAGAAGCUGGCCUCGUACGACGACGUGAUCACAGAUGCGCUGGUCGACAAGGUGGGCUACUACACCAGUAGCACGCGACAACAAAUCUACUACUGGGCGACUAUCCGCAAGAACCGCGGCACGCGCUUCACCGCAUCGCGUGGCCUUCAAGAGGAGGAUAUCGCUGGUGUUAUCCGUGAGCAGGUGAUCUGGGACAAGGACCCCGUGGAAGCCGUUCAACAGCUCUUGGACCUGCCUGGAUUGCGCAAGUACAUGAAAGGCCUCAGGGAUGAGAAGGACCAGGACCAAUUCAAGCGCCAUCUUCGACGUUAUGUCAACAUCUACAUGCCAGACUGCCCAUUCGAGGUCACCACCACGAACCGCUAUACCAUCACCGACCACGAAGCAUCCAUCACUGCCCGCCGUGACAUCAACCCGCGCGAGGAAAUCAAGUACCUGACAGGAGUCCAGGUUGCUAUGACAGAAGAGCAAGAGAAGACUCUAGAAUUGGCGCGCAAGGACUUCAGCCUUGUCAUCUCAAGCCGAAAGAAGACGCGCUCAUUGUUCCUGGGACCCGCACGUUUUGCCAACCAUGACUGCGACGCCAAUGCGCGCCUCUCCACGAAGGGCUAUGAUGGCAUGCAGAUUGUUGCAGUGAAGCCCAUCAACGAAGGGGACGAAAUCACGGUUUCCUAUGGUGACGAUUAUUUCGGCGACAACAACGAAGAGUGCCUGUGCCACACAUGCGAGGAUCGGCAACAGAAUGGCUGGGCGCCUAUGAAGCGCGUUGAAGACAGUGAUGACGAGGACAUGGAAGAGGCAGAAAGCCCAGUCGAGAAUCCAUCAGAAGCUACAUCCAGCGGGACUGCUACCUCGGGAGGGAAACGAGCACGCGACAUCACAGAAGAAGACGCGGGUGCAGACUUGCCUCCAACAUCCAAGCGAGCCAGGAUCGAAAAGAAGCCUUCGCCGACGAAAGCGCGCGCUUCCGAUCAUCUUCGUGAAGCGACGCUCAAGAAGGUUCACAGCACAUCUUCGCUUCGUCGCGAGAUGCCAGUGUCAAGCAUCGAGGACCCGUCUGCCAACAUCAACGUCACUUCUCCGCAAAUGACACAAGACAUUCGCAACCAACAACGCGACGGUCUUCUCACCGUGAGUCUGGAUGAAACCAGCUCGUCCCGCGAAUCGACACCACAAUCACCACUGAUGGCUGCAUCGCCGAAGUCUUCGCACUCUACCGAUGCCACGUCUGUCGAUGAUGAGCAUCAUGUGGAUAGUCUCCCAAAGAUUAAAGUUGAGCCGGAAGUUGUACACGAGAACCCCGCUUUGGGAGUGGCUACAGUGAAGGAGGAGGUCAUUACAACGACGGUAAACGCCCCGUGGCCCUCGCCGCCUGCAGAAGACGACGAAAUGUCUGAUCUCAGCGAGCUCUCCGACAGUAUGGAAUUUGACAGUGUAAAGCAACAGAUCGUCAAACGCAAAUUUCGCCCAACGCUCCGCACCACGCGGUCCAAAUCACGUUACGAAGUUCACAAUCGCGUUGGCACACCAGUCUCGAGCGCGGUAGGGCAGGACGGCGAAUGGGUUGAGAACCCCCGCAAACCCGGUGACUACAUGACCAGCAGCUCGCUGCUUUCGGCCAAAUUUAGCAAGUGGGUCGAAUGUCAGACCUGCGACGUACAGUUUGUGCAGCAGGACGGGUACAAUACCCGCAAGGAGUGCCCGCGAUGUGAGCGUCAUUCUAAGCUCUACGGAUAUGCUUGGCCCAAGACCGAGCGCGAGGGCAAGCAUGACAAGGAAGAGCGCAUUACAGACCACCGUAUCGUACAUCGUUUUGUCGAUCCAGAUGAAGAGCGCGAGCUGAAGCGCGGCAAGACGAAGAAGAUCCUCAAAGAGUCCAUUCGCGAGAGAUUCAGUACACCUCGAAGCGGCAGAGAAAGCAUGAGUGCGAGUGUCGAAGUUGAUAGUGGACGUAAGAGGAGGCGAGUGCGCAAGACGAUGUAA